UACACAUUUUUCUAGUAUGAAUAAAUCUAUAAAGUUUAAAGCAUUCGACUACUCAAAAUCAAUCAACGAAACGUUUCAAUUCAAAUGCACUUGUUGCUAUGAACAAUAGAGAUAUCCCUGAGACCGUUUCGGACAUCCGGCCCACGCCCGACCGGGCGCUGCUCGCCAAGCUGGAGGCAGAGAACAAGAAGAUCGAGGCGGACGCCAAGUGCCCCUCGCUGACAGCGGUGCAUAGUAGGAAGAAUUCGGACACGUCGUCGCAAAUAUCCUUGGCUUCUGCGACGAGUUCAAGCCAUGAAGAGGCCAGAGUUGGGAGCAAUGGAGAGGAGGAUCUCUGGGGCCUCUGGGGCCGGCUGGUCACCAACUGGGAGACAGAGUGGAGGAAACGCAACCAGUUCGUGCGUGAUCUCGUGAGGCAGGGAGUGCCACAUCAUUUUAGAGGCAUCGUGUGGCAGCUGCUGGCGGGAGUGGACUCCUCGCCAGAGAAGAGGUUGUAUGCUUCGUAUAUUAAGGCCAAAUCAGCGUGCGAGAAGGUGAUACGUCGAGACAUAGCAUGCACGUAUCCGGAGCAUGAUUUCUUCAAAGAGAAAGAUGGCUUGGGACAGGAGUCUCUCUUCAACAUGCCAGAAGAAGAAGCGUUUGCAGUACUUGUUAAGAUAAUGCAGCAGCACAGAAUGCGAGAUAUGUUCAAGCCAAGCAUGGCGGAGCUGGGGCUGUGCAAUGUUCCAACUGGAGAACUUGGUACAGGAACUUUUGCCGGAUCUGUAUAUGCACUUCCAGUCACAGAGUUUCAGCACAUCAAUGUACGCCAGCAGCUGUGAACGUGUUCCUGUCUGAAGGGAUAGAGAUUGUGUUUAAGGUGGCCCUAGCCAUGCUCACCCUGGGCAAAGAUGACAUGC